GGAAGGGGCACGGGCGGCUGGGCGCGCUGCGAUUGGCUGCCGGCGGUUGACGUCACCUCCGCCGUGACGCGAUGCAGCCAUUCAUAAAAAAAGGAAAAAAGAGAAAGAAGAGUCCUGUGGAGAAACACUCAGAAGGAGACAGAAAGACGGAGAGGAAGGCUGAAUGGAGAGGAGCGAGGCGAUGCGCGGAUAGAGGAGAGGCGCAAAGGGAAUCCGUGCGCCUUCUCCAGCUUCAGGAGCGGUGUGUGUGUUUUUUUAAAUCAGUUUUUUUAAUUGCGGGGGCUUGAAGGAGAUCUGCUCUGCCAUGGACGAGCUGUGUGAGAUGGACUGCACGGUGCUGAAGCGGCUCCUGAAGGACGACAGCGCCAAGUGCCUGCUGCUGGACUGCCGCUCCUUCCUCGCCUUCAGCGCCGGACACAUCCGCGGCGCCGUCAACGCCCGGUGCAACACCAUCGUCCGCCGCCGGGCCAAGGGCUCCGUGCUCAGCCUGGACCAGGUCCUGGCCGGGGACGAGGAGGUCCGGGGCCGCCUGCGCUCCGGGAUGUACUCGGCCGUGGUUCUGUACGACGAGAGGACGCCGGACUCGGAGGCGGUGAAGGAGGACAGCACCCUGAAUGUGGUGCUCAACGCGCUGUGCAGGGACUCCUCCGGCUCCGACUUCUACCUGCUCAAAGGGGGAUACGACAGAUUCUUCUCGGAGUAUCCAGAGUUUUGUUUAAAGACCAAAUCCUUACCGUUCCUCAGCAGCCAGUCCAGCGUCGACUCGGCCUGUUCGUCGUGUGGAACGCCGCACAAUGACCAGGGCGGCCCGGUUGAGAUCCUCCCGUUCCUCUACCUUGGCAGCGCCCUGCACGCCUCCAAGAAGGAGGUCCUGGACGCCAUCGGGAUCUCCGCCCUGCUCAACGUGUCGGCCAACUGUCCCAACCACUUUGAAGGAGCGUACCAGUACAAGUGCAUCCCUGUGGAGGACAACCACAAAGAAGACAUCAGCUGCUGGUUCCUGGAGGCCAUCGAGUUCAUAGAUUCCAUACGGGACUCCAGCGGCCGAGUUCUGGUCCACUGUCAAGCCGGCAUCUCCCGCUCCGCCACCAUCUGCCUCGCCUACCUGAUGAAGAGGAAGCGAGUGCGUUUGGACGAAGCGUUCGAGUUCGUCCGCCGGCGCCGCAGCAUCAUCUCCCCCAACUUCAGCUUCAUGGGCCAGCUGCUGCAGUUCGAGUCGCAGCUCCUCGCCACCUCCUGCGCGGCCGAAGCGGCCGCCACGGCGAGCCCGCUGCUCGGACCCAAGGCGGCGGCGGCGACCACCUCGACGGCGGCCACGCCUACCUCUCCGUUCAUCUUCAACUUCCCGGUGUCGGUGGUGAACCCGGCGUACCUGCACCACAGCCCCAUCACGACCUCCCCCGGCUGCUGAUGGCCGGCCGGCCGCGGCCUUCCCUCUACCUUCGCUGAUGUGAGCACAGACUGGGCCGGGAGAGCUGUCAGUCCUGCUGACCACUGCAGUAUGUUCAUGCUUCCAGGGCGGGGAGGAGAGAAGCAUCACGGUGCCUGAUUCAAAGACUCAAAAGACUGAAAACGGACUUUUUAAACCAGCCAACACUCCUUCCAUUUUAACACGAGAUUUCUUCAGAUCGACCAAAAAUGAACUGGUUUUUUUCUUUCAGAUGGAGUGUUGGACUGAUGCACCCUCUUCCUCGACAAACAACAACAACAACAUGCACAGGGGCACAUUGAAGCUACAAGUCCACUAGAUGCAUUUUUCCCGCAGGUAAACGCGCUGCAUCUGAAAAUCUCCCGCUUGGUGGGCGUGUACUUGAGGUGUUCAACUCCUGCCGACCUUCUUCUCCAACUAUCCUGCCCCUGAUUGGACAAACGCAUCGACUCAGGAGCUGUCUGCUCCUGGAUUUCAGUUUAAUUCAGUUUUAUUUAUAUAGCGCCAAUUACAGACAAAAAGAUAAAGUCUGCGGCCGAAAGCUAAAAGCGCCAGUUAAGGCAGGGUUAUGCUUAUGAGACGUUUGGAAAUCCACUCGUGCGACCGUGUGUGACUUUAUACUCCAUGCGGCGUCUGCUCCCAAACUGCAGGGGGCAGUGUAUCACAAACACGCGUCUACCUAGUCGACUAGAGUCGCCGAGAAGUUUGCCGUCGUUUACACCACAUGCAACAUGGCAUUGUUGCAUUUGAGCAGUUGGUUUUAAUUUCACCCCAUGAAUAGUUCAUAACCUGGUUACCACGGUGAUGAAUCCUAUAAACGCCUGAACUUCCGCUGCUCGGAGCUCCUCUUCUUCCGUCCACGUAGUAAAAUUUGGAGGUGCACAACGUGGAAAUAUUCAGUAUUAGAAGGUCCGUGUGAGGGGGCGUGGCUGCUAAAAUGAUGUAAUUUGUCGGUACGGAGCUGCUGGAAUCCUGUCAUGUGACCACGUUGUGACCCGUUAGUGACCGCCCACCACGCGUGUAAUUUUCAGAUGCGGGGGAAAAAAAAACGCAUCUAGUGGACGCGUACCUUCACACACAACACAGAGAGGCAUGAGCAACAGCAAAACUCUCUCUCUUCUCUCUCUCUCUCCCACACACGAACACAUUCAUGACUACCGACUGAAUAAGCUCAGUAUGAAGACAGGGGCUGUUGCUAUGGAGACGACAGGUCUUUAGGAGAGGAGAUGGACACAGGAAGGAAGGAGGAAUUUUAAGCACCCGCUCCUUCCCCCCCUUUUUGGGUGUCCCUCCUGUUGCCGGACAAAAGAGAUGGACGGAAAAAAGAGGGGAGGAGACGGUGAUAGAAAGCAGGAGCCUCUUCAGUGACAGGUGCUCCGCCGGCGAUCCGACCGGAGCUUCCUGUCUUUCAUACGUCCUCUUCCUCUCCCCCGUCCUACCUUCCCCCUCCUCUCAUCUCUUUUUCAUCCUUUUAUACUCCUCCUCUCCCCUCAUCCUCUCAUCCCUUUGCCUCUCAUCUUCGCCCUCCCCUCUUCUCCUCGGCGAAGAAGCUAAAUAAAUAAAAUCAGAUGCCAAAUAAAGAGCAGGUUUCGUGUAAACGGAAAGGGAAACCCCUCCGUAAGGCCCCUGACACUCGCUUUAGGAAACCCCUUCUGUUACAUCACUAAAGAAAGUUGUUUUGGAUGAAAGGGCUGAAAAAAAAAAAACACAAGAAGAAGAGAGUGCCGUCUUAGAAAUCAGUGGCUGAGCAUGCUUUGUUUCUGUGUCUUUUCCUGGAUUCUCCCUUUUUAGAUCAGAUUUUAGAGCUGGAAGACAGCCACUUAAAGGACCAUGCUGGUGGUUUUUGUACAUUUUAAUCCACUAUUAAUAAUGUAUUCUUUACCGCUGAUGAAAAUCUUGUUUUCAGUUCUUCUCGGCAGGUUUAUUUGUACAGCAGACUUAGAUGAACGGAAAACAUUUUUUUUAAUUUUUAGGUUUGUGGGCUAAAAGGUGCAUCAUGCCAGUGGUCCUGUAAGGUGUUUGUGCCUUGUUCAUGAAGGCAUCCUGUGGAUUUACAUGUCCCUGGAUCAGCCAGCGGGGUGUUGAUUUAUUUAUUUUUUAGUAGCUGCUAGAUAUUACUGAAUGUUGGUCAGACUUCUAAAAUAAUCUCAGUGCAGGACAGAGUCUUUUUCCACGACAUCAGCAGAGCAAAAGCUUCUCGGUCACACAAACACAUUUUAUGUACACGAGGACUUUGACAGAUCUUAAAAAUACUUACAUUAAAAGGAGCCGUUAAAUGGAUUCACCAAAACUAUGAAAACAUGGAAACUUUCUCCUCUAUUCCAAAGUAAUUUGUGGAGAAUUCAAGUUACCAAACAGGAAAGAAAAAGGAUAUAUGUAAAUUGCAAAAACACUAUUUUCAAUUUGUGUAAACAUCUUCUAUAUUCUAGUGCAGGGGUGUCAAACCCAUCUUAGUUCAGGUUUCACAUCUCCAGUGACCAGUAAAACCACAGCAGAAUAACCUAUAAAUAACCACAACUCCUCAUUUUUCCUUUGUUUUAGUGCAAAGAAGUACGUUCUGGAAAUUUUCCCAUUUGAGGAAUUAAAUUUUUACAAAACAUUAAAAAUGACCUGAAAUUUCUUUAGAAAAAUAAGUUCGAUUUCAACAAGUUCAGCCUCAGUUUAUCAUUUCCACUUUACAACUUACAGAUCAGAGUGUCUACAAAGAAACACAACAUUUAGUCACAGAUGUCUAUAUAGAAUUUUACUUUUAUGAUCAAAACCUGUCAGACAAAAAGAAGAGAAAAUAGUACAAAAAUGAGACACAAAAUGACAAAAACGAGAUGCAGAAUGACAAAAAUGAGACAAACGGCACGUAAGUAAACUAAGAGACAAAAAAAUUAUACAAAAGUUCCAAAGCAACAAAAAAGAUGAGAAAAACAACACAAGCGAGACAAAAAAAAUACACAAAACAACAAAAAUGGGACGUAAAACACAAAAUGGCAAAAAUAAGAUAACAAAUACAAGUGAGAUGAAAAGGAAAACACAAAGCGACCAAAAACAUGAGACAAAUGACAAAAGUCCAAUAAAAAAAGACAAAAUACAACAAAAAUGAGACACAAAACAUCAAAAAAUGAGACCAAAAACUUACAAUGCAACAGAAAAAUUAGACGACAAAUGACAAAAGCAAGAAACAAAAUGACAAAAAAUAGACAAACAACACAACAUUUUACAGAUUUACAAUCUGCAGUUAAUGUUCUCUGUCAUUUUUCCGCUUUGACGGCCGGAUUGGACCCUCUGGAGGACCACUUUUGAUGUGUUUGGCACUCCUGUUCUAGAGUCACAGAACCUCUGAUGUUGUUCCAGAAAUCCAAAUUACUGAUUCAUUCACUUUUCAAUUAACUGGAAGGUGUACUUAGCAUACAGUUAGUUCACUUUCUAACUUUCUCCACAGCUCUCUUCAUUGCACUUACAAUCCAUUCAACCAGAACAAAAGCAUUGACUUUUUUGGACAUCGGACCAAAACGGUUCUUUAAGUCUUCAUAACAUCACAAUCUGAGACGUUUGCGUUGCUUCUGCUCCUCACCGGGUUGGACUUGAAACUGUGCUUGACGUACAAAGGCAAAAAAGAUCACCCCACACACACGUGCACGCACAGACACGGUUUCAAAGAAAACAAACCUUUUUCUGUUUUUGAAGACUGUCGGCACCUAUCUCUGUAGCACUUUGAAGUGAUGCAAUACUGUAUUUGUAAUGUUCGAUUGAUUUGCACAUCAUGGCGAUGCUCAGACUGACUGCUUUGUCCACGGAGAGAGAGAGAGAGAGAGAACAGAGUCAAUCAGUGAAAAAUGCAAUACUUUGUACACAUGAGUGUGAUCUGUACCUGUCCGACUGUCUGCCUCUCUGUGUUGGUCCGUCUGUCUCCACCGUGUCUCUCUCUGGUCGACGCUGUUCACCCCGUCAUGGCAAUAUCAAUCCUCCACUUUUUUUAUAUAUAUGCAUACAUACAUACACAUGUGUGUGCAUAUACAUAUAUAAAACUGAACAGUUUCCCCUUGGUUUUAUUGUGGAAUGAAUGAUCUGUGCAUUUAUUUAUUACUGAAGAUCCACUGUUGAAUAAACAAUGUUCUUAAUUAA